UAUUAGUUGUGUUAAAAUCAAAUAAAUUGAUGUCAGUAGAUAAUCCAUGCAUUUUCGAGGACACGUGUGAGCGCUGUUUGAAGGCUGAUAUAUCCUGUGCUUGGUGUACAGAUAAGCUCUAUGAAAUGCGUUAUCGUUGCUUGAAUCAUUCUCAGCUGUUGGAAUUCGGUUGCCAUCCCGAUCAUAUUUAUGAGAACGAGCCGAAACUGCACAUACUUGCAAACUCGGACGUCCACGACUAUGUAUCCGCCAAUAGUCAAGCAAUUCAAGUGCAACCGCAACGGGUUUACUUAAAAUUAGUUAAAUCUCAUACGCAGCGUCUUAAACUUACCUACCGUCCGGCACGCAAUGAUCCUUUAGAUUUAUAUGUGCUUAUGGAUCUUACGUGGACGAUGCGCGAUGAUCGCGAAACUUUAGUUCAAUUGGGGGCCGACUUGGCUACUACUUUAAGUAAUCUAACGUCAAAUUAUCGUUUGGGAUUUGGUAGCUUUGCUGAUAAACCCGAAAUGCCCAUGAUUAUGCCAGAGUUACGGGAAAAUCCAUGUGCGGCAGAGCAUGAUAUUUGCGAACCCACCUAUGGCUAUCGUCAUCAUUUGCCUUUAACCGAGAAUAUCCAAGCAUUUGUGCGGUCUGUAGAGGCUAGUAAAGUGACCGGAAAUUUAGAUAAUCUUGAGGGUGGCUUAGACGCCCUCAUGCAAGUCUUAGUAUGCUCUGAAGAGAUCGGUUGGAAAGAUCAGGCUCGUAAAGUGAUAAUAUUGGUUACGGAUGGUUUUAUGCAUUUCGCAGGAGACGGUUUAUUAGCCGGUAUAACACAGCGUAAUGACAAAAAGUGUCAUCUAAAUGAGCACGGAGAGUACUUAGGCUCCUUGCAGUAUGACUAUCCGUCGCUUGAGGAAAUCUACAGAGAGUUAUUAAAACGUAAGAUAAGCGUUAUAUUUGCGGUUACCGAAAAAGUGAUAACUACGUACAGAGAGAUGAGUAAUUUAAUGAAAGAAAUUAGUAACGUCGAACUGCUGAAGGCGGAUUCUUCAAAUAUUUUGGAAUUGAUUAAAAAGGGUUACGGGCGUUUUAUUAAGCGAACGCAAUUCUCUGACAAUAGUCCCGAUUUCAUUAAACUUGAUUACGAGACAGACUGCGGGGGACAAUUUGAAUCUUUACGUAAAAGGAAUUAUUGUAAUGAUGUUCGUUUAGGCGAUAUAGUGGAGUUUUAUAUUAACAUUACUUUGAUGGGUGCACCUAAAAACGGCGUUUACGUCCAAAAAAUUCGUGUCGAAGAAUCUACUCUUAGCGAGGUUAUGGAAAUUGAGGUAGAAAUACAAAAGCCGUGUCCCUGUGAAGAAGUUGCAGAACCUAAUCAUGAAUACGGACGUUUUCAAUGCAGCGACAAUGGCUACUUGCAGUGCGGCAUGUGUCAAUGUGAGGCGGGGUGGACUGGAACUUUUUGCAAUUGUCCCACUGACUUGGUGAAUGCCACUACUCAAGAAGCUAUAGAAAAUCUAUGUCGGCCUCCUAGUAAUUCAAAAUUCUUUGAGGACAAGUAUCCAAUCUGUUCGAAUCACGGCGAAUGUGAUUGCGGUCUGUGCUAUUGUUUUCCCGAUUUUGAUGGAAAAUAUUGUGAAUGUCCCGCAUGUGAUAUUGAAUGCGAUCCACAACGGGCGGACUGCAUAUGCGGCGAAUGUGUUUGUAAAUACGGUUGGUCCGGCAACCAUUGUAAUUGUGAGGAUAGCUCGGACGGUUGCAUAGCACCAAAUGGCGAGAUUUGCUCGGGAAGCGGUACUUGUCAAUGCGGUAAUUGUUUGUGCGAAGCACCUUAUCGAGGUAGAUUUUGUGAAAUCGGUUCCGGAAGCGAAAAUAAAUUAUGCGCUUUCUAUGAGCCCUGCGUAAGUUGUUUGAUAGAACAAAAAACUGGCGUGAAUACUUGCGAAAAUUUCGAUGAAAUUUGCUCUAGCGCCGAGAGACAUGAACGCUUUACCACAUCUUUCAUUACGGAAGAAAUAAAUGCUGAUAUACGGUGUUUGGUGCGACUUACAAAUUCAGAUGGUAUGAAAUGUGAUUAUUAUUUCACAUAUCAAAGCCUGGGACCGGCCGAAAAUUAUCUUUUAAUACAACUUACUAAUUGCGAGCCCAUCAACUUGGCGUCCGUGAUUACUUUUAUUAGUUUAACUACCUUCAUAUUGGGCUUCUUCGUAAUAUUGUUUAUUUGGUUUUGUAUUCGUAUUAAGGAUGCUCGGGAAUAUGCUCGUUUCGAGGAUGAACAAAACAAGAGUGUUCUAAUGGAGAGUCCAUUAUACAAAGAUCCCGUGCGUAGGUACGAAGUUCCGAAAGAGUUAAAUGGAAAGCCUAGUAAUCCGUUUUUGUAAAUCGUAAGCCACGGAGUAUCUUUUCCUAUCAUCCGUUGUAUUGAAAGCUUUUAGUAAAUUAAAGUGAAUAUCUCAAGGCGCAGUCAUAAACGAUGUCAUGGGCGAAAAAUCAUUCAAUUGUUCUCCUAAGACAAC